GAAUAUGAUGUUGACUUCGGUGUAUAUCGUAUUUAUAUCAUUCUAAGCAUGGAUUACUUAGUAUGCGGAUCGAAAUGAUCUUUCUGUGAUUGGUUGAAUGUGUAGACAUAGUAAAUAAUUCAUCAAAGAUCAUAUGGAAAUAAGAUCGGGUGUCAGGAAGGGUUUUUGCUAUUGGUGGAUUGUGAUCCUUAUUGUGCAGUGACCGAAGUAUAAAUUUUUUGGCGCUUGAUUAUUUCGACAUCUUGACUUUCGUAAAGCAAACCGAAAAUCUAUCGUAAAAAAUGUCUGGUCGUGGUAAAGGUAAAGCAAAGGGCACCAAGUCCAAAACUCGAUCAUCCCGUGCAGGGCUUCAGUUCCCAGUCGGUCGUAUCCAUCGUCUUCUCCGCAAGGGCAACUAUGCUCAACGUGUUGGUGCUGGUGCUCCAGUCUACAUGGCUGCAGUUCUCGAGUAUCUGAGCGCUGAGAUCCUCGAGUUGGCCGGUAACGCUGCCCGCGACAACAAGAAAUCCAGAAUCAUCCCCCGUCACUUGCAGUUGGCAGUCAGAAACGACGAGGAGUUGAACAAGCUUCUUGGUGGAGUCACCAUUGCUCAAGGUGGUGUUCUUCCCAACAUCCAAGCUGUUCUUCUUCCCAAGAAGGCCGAAAAGAAAAGCUCGUAAACAGUUCUAAACUGUUUGCAAAACACAAAACAACGGCUCUUUUAGGAGCCACGA